AUUUAAAAUUGCAUUGUAGAAAUACAGAAAUAGGUAAUUUAAAUUAAAUUCCAGAAUACUAGGCAGGAAAUGAAGAUGUCUGCUGAAGAUGCUCUGAGUCGAGCUGGUUUACAUUUUGAUGAUUUGAACAAAUUAAGAGUGUUAGAUCCUGAAGCUGCUCAACAAACUGUUGAAUUAAAGGAUGAAUGUCGUGAGUUUGUUGCAAAGAUUGCAGAUUUUCAAAAACUUGUUGGGAGCUUCAUAGAUAUCACUGAUAAUUUAUCCAAGGAUGUUGAAAAAGAAAAAAUGAAGGCGAUCGGAUCAAGAAAUUUGCUGAAGUCAAUUGCAAAACAAAGAGAAGCCCAGCAGCAACAACUUCAAGCUCUUAUUGUAGAGAAGAAAACACAAUUAGAAAGGUUACGCAUGCAACAUGAAGCUUUGCAAAAGCAAGAAGCAGAACAAAUAGAUUUGAUUGAUCAAUUUUCAACCACUUGAUUGAUAUCUAGUCUUGUUUGUUUGUAAUAUACCAGUGGAUCCAUUCUGAAGCUGACAUUCCUUGAUUCCUGAUCUUUUUAUACUUCAUCCCCUGUAUAACUCUGAACUUGGUAUAAAAAUUGGUUAAUGGGCAUUUCCCAAACAGUUCAGUGUUUAUUCAUCCAUUGUUAGCUUAUUACAAUGUUUAAAUUUUAAAAUGUAUAGUAUGAUCCCAUUCUAGUUAGGCACAUGAAUGUGAAUAAUUGUUGUUUUGUUAUUUUUGUCUAUAUUUUAAUACUGUUCUAUUUUCACUGUGUAGUUUUCAUAAAAAAAUACAAACACAUUUUGUGUA